CACAUAUAUAGUGCUGAGUGCCAUAUAUCAGCCGAGAAUGGGAAAUGUGCCGGAAGUCUCCAGUGAUUAAUGCUCGUCACUGUUGUUUUUUUCUUCUCUCAUCCAACGACUCAGGGGUUGCAUCGGCGAUCAUAGCCCGAAAAUUUUCAAAUGCCGGAUUAUCGCUCUGUACAUAAAAGUCGCCAUAGAAUAAAUAGCAUAAUGUGUUUAGCAUGGGCUGUGGAUAGUCUUUGCAUUUAACGACCGCCGGAUGAAUUAUCGCUUGGUCGAUGCCGUCUGACAUCGUGGACCGGGUACAACGGGCGAAAAAGAGCGGGGCCACACCAUUGCGCAUCCGCGGCAUAUAGGACGAAAUUGCCCCUAAUACUAAUUACCAAUGCUUUUGGCGGUCGAUGGAGCGUCUGUGUGCAUUUUAUAAAAUCGUAGCCUGAUGCAGAAGUGAAGGCACACUCACGGAGCUAGGGAUAUAUAUGCGAUGCGUUGGCCAAGUUUUUCUCCCUCUCUCCACUCUCGAUCGUCGGCCGACGUUUCAUUUAUACUGCCGAUUUUAAAAUGCCCGUAAAAUUUAUUGACCACGGAAUAUGACAUUCGCUGUUGGACAUUAGUGUCUUUGUGUAAUUGAUGAACACAAGAAACGAUCAUCUUCCGGCGCUGCGCAUAAGCCACCGCCCUGCGUGUAUAUGUGUGCCGCGCUCGCGGAAUGGAAUAGUGCGUAAUGAGUUUUGGACAUUUUUCUCCAUUGUAUGAUCGUAUAACUUUUUCAAGUAUUGACACAGUCCAGCUCACUUUAACCGCCAUCUCUCGCAUCGCAACGCAACUUCUCUGGUUGCAAAAUGUUUACCAUACCCGACAAUACUACUGUAACCAAUAAUGUUACGGCGGCGGUCAGUGCACAGUGUUCGGAUUACUUUAACGAGGAGCCGAGUAAUUCAUCAGCUGAUUAUGAAUUAUCCGAACCCUGGCAAUAUGCUUACGGUACAGCCUGUGCAAUGAUUACCAUUGUCGGGGCUAUUGGGAAUACCGGUGUGAUCUGGAUCUGUCUGUACUAUCGUCGCAUGCGGACGAUUACCAAUUUUUUCAUUGCCAAUUUAGCGGUAGCCGAUCUGCUAUCCUGUGUAAUUAAUGUGCCACUCAGUAGUUACUUUAUCCUGCAGCAAAACUGGAUUUUCGGCCAGUUUCUGUGUACGGUGGUGAAUUUCAUCGCCUCGUCAACCGUUGUCGCUUCCGUGCUAACUAUGAUGUGUAUCAGCAUUGACAGAUACAUUGCAAUUGUCCAUCCGAUGCGUCCACGGAUGGGCCGAAUGACAGCGUACGUCAUAAUCGGGAUUAUUUGGUUUGUGUCCGGAAUGUUCUCACUCCCGCAGUUGAUGUACAAUAAAAUUGAUCACAUCCAAAAUACAACGAAUAUGGUGUGCUUUUUACAAUGGGAAGAUGAGACCGAAUGGGCUGCUCAAAAAGAUACCUUGUUAAUCUAUCAGUCCUUCUAUAUGGUAAUAACGUAUUUUGUUCCCCUCAUUUCCCUUACGUUGUGCUACGGGAGAGUCGCUCAAGAGCUUUGGGGGAGCAAAAGUAUCGGGGAAGCGACAGUGGCUCAAAUGGAGCAGAUCAAAAGUAAACGAAAGUUGGUGAAAGUCCUCAUCUGGGUUAUGAUAACCUUUAUGAUUAACUGGGCGCCGUACCACAUCUGGUUCGUCGUGACCAGCAUCAAUCCCUGUAUACGCCGGCUCAAGAAUAUGGCUCAUGUCUUUACAAGUGCGUACGUUCUGGCCAUGUCCAAUUCCAUCUACAAUCCUAUCAUUUAUAUCAUUCUCAACAACAAAUUUCGCCAAGGAUUCCGCCAGAUCUUCAGGUGGCUGCCGUGUAUCGAUUGGUCCCCCAGUCAAUCACUUAAUCGCAACCAAACGACCGCCGCCACCAGCACCAGUAACUACCAUUUUCGUGAUCGCAUCAGCUCCUACUGUCCUGAAUACAACGCCACAACAACACCGAACAGGAACAGUUCAAUUGCCUUAAAUUUGCAUGGUAAUACGAGACAGAAUGGGACGCACUUGCUGGCAAUCCCUAGGAGCAGUUUAUCUGCCCACUAAAUUAUCAAACAUAUCCACUCGCCUCUCGGUGUGAAGAAGUGCCGGGGAAAAAAUCACAAACCAGCACCUUCAACGACCAUUGCGGGUGCGCGCGCGGGAUGAAAAAAUAUAUAUGCACCAAAGACAACAACCACUCACCACGCGGCUGACAAUCACAUUGACCACUGCAGCUUUAUUGUUCGCUGGCUUUGCCGCGUGCACCCAUAUUGACCACGCCUCCCCGUGGAUGGAGAUUGGCGAAUACAUUGCGCCAUGUCGCUGUUGUACGUCAUUAACUGUCAGUCGUCUGUUGUGUGCGGAAGUUUGAAGUUGCUUGACGAUUUCCAUUUCAAACAGCAAAAUCCACUUGCUCAAAAAACUCGAAGGAAAUUGUAUUACCAUAAAUAUUUUUAUCGCUAAAGAGGAUUUGUGUCUGUCGUGGUGUUGGCCGCAGCGGCGGCAAUUGAGAAAGUGUUACCGAGAGGAAAUCCUUUGCGAUGGCCAAUGUGUCGAUCUUUGUGUGUGACGUCUCAGAUCGGCCCAAUGCAGAGCUCUCGGUGGUGACAUUUCUCCCAAAUGAAAACGUGAUUAUAUCAUACAGCGCGGUUG